UGAUAACUGUGUCUACAUCAAACACACGCACAAUGGUAACGGCAGAGCAUGCGCACAACAUCUCCUCCACAUCAUUGGUCCUCGAAAGUAUUGAUGGCUUCGCGAGGCUCGCCGGCCCUCGUCUACGCAUGUGCGGACUGUAAGGGUGUACAGCUCUAGUAGCGGUCAAAAUGUCGGCGCAGGGGGACUGCGAGUUCCUGGUGAAGCGAGCCAGGGAGUUGGUCCAAGGGGACCUGUGGGCAGCCAAGGCCUGGCUUAUCACCGCACGAAGCCUCUACCCCGCCGACUUCAACAUUCAGUAUGAGAUGUACACUAUUGAGAGGAAUGCAGAGCGAACAGCAUCAGCUGGCAGAUUGCUAUAUGACAUGUUUGUAAAUUUUCCAGAUCAACCUGUGGUAUGGCGGGAGAUUAGUGUGAUUACAGCAGCGUUAAGAAAUGAAUCACAAGAUAAGCAAACUCAGUUUUUAAGAGGUUUAUUUGAAACCCUUCCAGGUCGAGUUCAGUGUGAAAUGUUACUGAAAGCCACAGAGCAAUGCUUUAAUACAUUAGAACGGGCAGAAAUGUUGCUCUUGCUUUUGCGACGUUUCCCUGAGACCGUGGUUCAACACGGGGUGGGCCUUGGGGAAACCUUAUUAGAAGCAGAAAAUAUUGAAGACCAAGAAUCUCCUGUCAAUUGCUUUAGAAAAUUAUUUGUCUGUGAUGUCCUUCCCCUAAUAAUUAACAACCCUGAUGUGCGCCUUCCUGCCAACCUGUUAUAUAAGUACCUGAAUAAAGCUGCAGAGUUUUAUAUUAAUUAUGUGACUAGAUCUGCACAGACUGAAAACCAGUACCAAGCUACACAGGAUACAUCUGAUCUGGUGUCCCCCAGCAAACGGAGCUCUCAGAAAUAUGUGAUAGAGGGCUUGACUGAGAAAUCAUCUCAAAUUACGGAUCCUUGGGAAAGAGUGUUCAAGAUACUGUCCAUAGUGGGUGUAAGAUGUGAAUGGCAGAUGGACAUGGCAAGAAGAGGUUUUGGUGACACAUUGCUCAAAAUGAAAGAUGUCUGCAGAUACAUCAGUAACUAUGAUAAUGAAGCUCAUGCAAAAUACAAGACCCAGGUGGUAUAUUCAACAAUGCUGGUUUUCUUCAAGAAUGCAUUCCUAUAUGUCAGUAGCAUCCAACCUUCCCUCUUUCAAGGGCCAAAUGCUCCAAACCAAGUUCCACUGGUUCUCCUAGAGGAUGUGUUGAAUGUUUAUGGUGAUACAGAUACUGAACGCAGCAAACAUGUACACAAAAAGCGGAAGCUGGCCGAAGGGAGAGAGAAAACCAUGAGCUCUGAUGACGAAGAUCCUUCUGGGAAGGGGAGAAGUAGGCACAUUACAAUAAAUGCAGCAGACCUUUCAAACUCCAUUGAAGUACAAGAAAGCUUCAGGUUGGCUAGGGAGAGCUGGGAACUUCUCCAUUCACUGGAAUCACUGGAUAAAGAAUUCACAAGAAUUUGUGUGUCGUGGAAGACUGAUACCUGGCUUUGGCUACGGAUCUUCCUCACAGAUAUGAUUAUCUAUCAGGGUCAAUAUAAAAAAGCAAUUGCCAGCUUGCAUCACUUAGCAGCUCUGCAGGGAUCUCACUCUCCACAGCAGAUCCUGGGGCAAGGAUCACUAGAGAAUCAGCGAGCCCUAAUCCAGCUUGCAACCUGUCACUUUGCCCUUGGAGAAUACCAUUUGACCUGUGAAAAGGUACUUGAUCUGAUGUGCUACAUGGUUCUUCCCAUACAAGAGGGGGCUAAACUUCAGGAAGAGCAACGUACGCUGAAGUCAAAAUUCAGGAAAGCUAUGGAGCUGAAGCUCUGGCCGUGCACCAGUAAAGCUGUUAUGCCCUAUUGCCUACGGUUACUGUUAGCUUGUUUUAAGCUGAGAGCUUUCACAGACAAUAGAGACGACAUGGCACUGGGUCAUGUGAUUGUGUUGCUCCAGCAUGAGUGGCCAAGGGGUGAAAACCUGUUCUUGAAAGCAGUUAACAAAAUCUGCCUACAAGGAAACUUCCAGUAUGAGAAUUUUUUCAACUAUGUUACAAAUAUUGAUAUGCUGGAAGAAUUUGCCUAUUUGAGAACACAAGAAGGAGGAAAAAUUCACUUGGAAUUGUUGCCAAAUCAGGGAAUACUGAUAAAAGAAAAAGAGCCCCCUGCUAUCGCAUACAGGUUCUCCCUAAGCGAAGCCGGAGAGAAGGCAUCAUACAGUUACCAGAGGAAUAACCAAAGGUGUGAAGGAGGAUUUCCGCCUGACAAUGGAGCGCCAAGUGUCGCGCUGUGGCGAAAACCUGAUGAUGGUGUUACACAGAUUCUGCAUCAAUGAGAAGAUCUUGCUCCUUCAGACGCUGACCUGAGUAUAAUGGUUUUUCUACUGGAGCAUCUUAGCAGAAUGGGCAGGCAACAAAAAGAGCCGUGCUGUUGCCUUGAUGCUCUGCAAUCCUUGGCUCAGUUGGCUGAAGGAAUGCUAGCUGAGCAGUUAACCAAAAUCAAGAAGGGUGGUUUAUAUACUAUCAAAAUGUCAUGCACCAUUUGGUGAAAUGUUUGAGUUCGCCACUGUAAAUAAAUGAUUUUUAAAAAAUA